CUCACCAUGACGGCGAUGAAGAAUUUUUUUCGCGUUUGGCUGCUGUGCUGGACACGGAGCUUAGGCCUCGAGCUGCCCCCGGUGUCGUCCACGGCGCAGCUCGUGGGCUUCGCCGGCGACCAGCUGAACUACGACGAGAGCGCGCCGCACUUCCGCUGGACGGGGCAUGUGGGGCUCCGAUACCACCAGGAACCGCAGACCAUCUAUGGCUUCACCCCGGACACGCCCCUGCUGCACGACACCCAUGCGCUGGUGAACACCUUGCUGGACGGGGAACGCUUUGCGGGGCGGGUCGCUGAUGAUGCUGCGGAGUUCGAGGAUGCGACGCAGUCCGCCUUCGGACAGAUCUUGGUUUUUUGGGACAUUCCCAAUGACCGAUGUCUCCACGCGGACUGCGGCUUCAGCCAGGUCCUGCAGGAUCUCCGCAGCACGGGCCUUGAGCCGUCGAAGCUCUACGCCUUUCCGCCGGAGGCGCCCAGGACAUAUCGACAGAAGGAGAGCUCCACGUGCGACCACCUGUGGGGUCAGAGCUGCUUCAACUGCGCCACCUACCCGGCCUCCGUGGGCUUGCCCAUCCCCGACGACAGCGGCAUGCUGCCGCAGUAUCUGGUGAAACUGCUGCAGGAGGGCGCCAGGUGUAGAUGUUACCAGUCUGGACGUUGGCUUCACAGUUUGAAGUGUGAGGCCACUUGGAACAAGGCUCUGAUGGAUUCUUGUAAAUUUGAGGAACCAUCACCUGAGCUUUGAUGAGGCCAAAAAAAAAGAAGAGCGUUCAGAAACGCCUUAUUUCAGUGGAUAAGUGGCUGAAAAAACUAUAGUUUAU